AUGCCUCGGUCUUUCUUGGUCAAAAAGUAUUUCGCCAACAAAAAACCCAACUACAGUGAACUGGAGUGUCAAAAUGGUGAGUAGCUUAACUUUAUUUAUUCAUUGUAUGAAGUUGAAUGCAUUACAUAAAUGCAUAACACAUUACAGAAUAGGAGCCACCUGUUUUAUUUAUUAGUGUUCCUUACAAUAAACCUCUGGGAAUGUUUUUUUUUUUACAUGAUCAUAAGUGUUGCCUCAACAAACCUUCUCCAUGUUGGCAACCUUUACAAAUGAUACUCUCUCUGUUUUCAAGUUUUCCAUUAUAAAAGUUCCCCCUAAACUGCACAGAGCUACCAUUCAUGUUUCUACCCCAUGUAAAUAUGUGGGAGGAAAUGGCCCAUGAAAUCUCAGCUUUGCUGAAACCUCAUUUUUUUUUGGUGUAAAAUGCUCUGUAGAAACUUGACAGGGCAAUUGUGGCUUUACAAGUUGAAAUUAUGUGGCCUAUCCAAACUUCAUCAUAUUUUUUUAUUUAUUGUGUUGUGUCGUUCCAGUUACAUGAAUCAUAUGUACAUGAUGAAAACAUAUUUAGUAUCUGACAACUGUGCUGUAAAUGUACCUCUGUAUUCUAAACCUCUUCCUCAUCCCUCAGCCACCUCACUGGAGAGGUACCCACUAGCUGAGCUUCCAGCAGGGGACAACAACUCAGCUACCACCUGUUACACAACGGGACUGGUAUGGGACGUGAGCUUUCUUCCAGCCCUCUACGUCCCCACAUCCCCCACUGAUGCCUCCCCCACCCCUGGGCCCCUGGACCUAAGCUCCCCCUCCAGCCUCAGCAGCAGUGCCAGUAGCAGUGGGGAGGAGGACGAGGGGCGCACCUCUGACCCCCCCAGCCCCGAACCCACAGACACCUACCACCCCCCUCAGCGCCCCAAACGCACCAGCACCAAGAGUCAUGGGGCCCCGAAUGAGGACGAGAGAGUGGCCCCAGUCACUGCAGCAAGGCCAGCCUUCUUCUGCAAGCACUGCCCUAAAGAGUACACCAGCCUGGGGGCUCUGAAGAUGCACAUCCGCUCACACACGCUACCCUGUGUCUGCCCCACCUGCGGGAAAGCCUUCUCCAGGCCCUGGCUGCUGCGCGGCCACAUUCGCACACACACUGGUAAGAACUCCUACACUUGCCAUUUGGUAUGACUUUGGUGGAAGGGAGGAUUGGUUACUCAGUUGAUUGGAUCAUCAUUACAUUGUAGUGGUAGACAUGAGCACAUGAGGAAGUCCUGUGGGCUCAUUGGUCAUUGAUCACUCAUAGAGUACCACAGUAUGAGUCAUAAUACCCAUAAAACCUAGCGGUCAAACAGGGAAAUAGUUCCAAUAGUUUUUCCACCAUUGAUUUUUCCCUAGGGAAUUUUAUAAACACUUAAAAUAAGGGCUGUGUUUCGUGUAGGCUUACCCUGGCGUGACGUUUUUAUAACCAUGUAAAUCUCUCUCGGACAAGGUGACUUUUAUCAAUAUAUUCACCUCUGUUUACCCCCCAAAAAUGAAAUGCUAAUUAGCUGAUAAUGUGGCUAUCAUAAAGAACUACAAAUGCCAUGAUGAUCUGGACGAGACUGCGAAGUUGAGGAAAAGGUUAGAAUCUCUGGAUUAACUAUCUAAUGUUAACUAAAUGUAGUAAUUAAUAAAUUGGCUACAUUUCUUUUAAUGUACCUAUUAGCAAAGCUGCCAGCUAGAGAUGACGUGCAGGAGCUUGCAGGGAUUUGUACUCUUGCAUGAUGUCUACUUUGUUGCUAAUUAGCAUUUUCAAAUCUGAGAGCCGAAUAUAUUGAUAAAAGUCACCUUGUCCGAGAAAGAUUUAGAUGGUUAUCAAAACAUCAUGCCAGGGUAAGCCUACACGAAACACAGCCCAUAUUUUAAGUGUUUCUAAAAUCCCCAAUGGGAAAAAUGAAUGGUGGAAAAAUGGUUGGAACCAUUUCCCUGUUUGACCUCUAGGUUUUAUGGGUAUUAUGACACCUCCACUCUGGGGCUCUAUUGUGACUCUACCUUACUGUAACAUUGAUUUACUGAGAAUGAUUUUAUCAUUGGCUACUGUGUGAGAGAACAGAAUGCUGGAUUAUCUUUUGAUGAAGGGGACAAAGAGCGUAAGGAAGCGCUCAGCUAUCAAACUGGCCACUUACUACCAGCAACAACUUGAAAGUAGUAAUCUAAUUUGGCACUGAUUUAAUCAUGUUAAUUCAAGUGUGGUCGUGAUUCACCCAGCUUGACACCAGGUUCAUCAAUACCCUUUAAAUGAGCUGUGAGGGUGAUUCACUAAGGUGUUAAUGAACCACUCUGCUGAGCCCGAGACAGCCAAAUUGAUAUAAUUGUGUGGGGGAGAAAAGUUUGCACUUUAUUGCUGUUCAAAGUCAAGGUUCACAGACCCUGUCUCAUACACAGACACAGGCUUAAAGGCUCGGACACAACAAUAGCGUUUGCGGGCCGAGAGUACUUAGCACCUCUGAACAGAGUGCCUGCUGUGUCUAUCUUCAUGUAGAAUUGUGCGAAAAUGUUGUCAGUCAGACGUCCAUCAGCAGAUGGUCCCUAAAACACACCACGCAGACGAACAGCAUAUCAACAUUCGGUGCGGUGUGUGUGGUCCUUAAAGUCACAGUUAGUGUCAUGCAUCUCUAACCCAUGCUCCUCCUACCAUCUCCUCCUCCUUAGGUGAACGCCCAUUCUCCUGCCAACACUGUAACCGUGCCUUUGCUGACCGCUCCAACCUGCGGGCGCACCUGCAGACCCACGCUGAGGUGAAGAAGUACCAGUGUGGUGUGUGUUCCCGUACCUUCAGCCGCAUGUCCCUCCUCCAGAAACACAGUGCAGCCAGCUGCUGCUCCUCCUCCACAGCGUGA